AUUCUCGCACACGCAUUGGUUUGUUGGACGUUGAAGGUAGAUGAAGUCAUAAAAUUACUCAUAGUUAACUAAAUCUGUCAUAAGAAACAAAAUGGCGGAAAAAGUGGCAGUAGUCACCGGUGCAAAUAAAGGCCUAGGAUUCGCGAUUGUGAAAGGAUUGUGCCAAAAAUACCAAGGAGUCGUAUACCUAACAGCAAGAGAUGAAUCAAGAGGCUUGGAAGCUGUGAAAAAGUUAAACAAGAUCGGAUUAACACCGCAGUUUCAUUUACUUGAUGUGAGUGAUAAAAAUAGUAUAAAAAAAUUCGCAGAAUAUCUCAAAAUAAAACAUGGUGGUUUUGAUGUCCUUGUAAAUAAUGCAGGUGUUUUAGAUUGGGAUCAAGUUUACCCAACCUACGAAGCAGCUAAAAGAAAUAUCGAAACAAAUUACAAAACUUUACUGAAUAUUGAAGAACUUUUGUAUCCUUUGCUAAGAGAUGGCGCUAGAGUCGUAAAUGUGUCAAGCGCGUGCGGUCACCUUUCCAAUUUACGCAAUAAAAAAUGGCUAGAUUUACUAACGAAACAAGAUCUGAAAAUCGAAGAUAUAAAUUAUUUCGUUGAUCAAUAUCUGGAGAGUGUUAAAAAUGGCACGUUUAAAAAAGAAGAUUUUGCAGAUGACGGGAAACAUGCAGAACAUAGAGUUUCUAAAAUAGCUUUGACAGCACUAACCAUGGUACAGCAGAAAAAAUAUCCAAACAUAAUCAUAAAUGCUGUGCACCCUGGUUAUUUGGAUACAGAUAUGGCUAAAAUUAAAAGAGGAGCUGUUGAUCCUGACGAAGCAGCAAAAACCAUUCUCUAUCUGAUUCUAGAAGCAUCACCUAAGUUGAAAGGAACUUUCAUGUGGUAUAAUAGAAAAUUAGUCGAUUGGUAUGACGUUGAAGGUGAUUAUUUUUAUAAACAUGGAGUCGAAUAAAGCGUUAAAGCCUG